AUGUAUAAAAGAACUAGUUUCGAACGAUUAGGCAUCAGUCGCUCAUCUGGUAGCAACGAAACUAAACCAAACGCUUCAAACAUGAAAAUGAUGAUUGCUGUCGCCCUAGCCCUUGUGGCCGUCGCAUCCGCUGUUCCAGUAACCGAUGUAAAACCCGAAGUUGGCCUCCGAGCGUAUGUUGAACCUGUAAAGACCAUUCGGUCUGAAUCCAGCCAACAACCCGAGGGUCCAUACUCCUUCAGCUUUGAGACUGAGAAUGGAAUCACCCGCGAAGAAAAUGGUCAAUUGAAGGAGGUCCUUGAUGAAGAGAACAAGCCCCAAACUGUCGUCGUUGUCCGCGGUGCCUACUCUUACACCGAUAACGACGGCAAAAUUGAGACCAUCAACUACUACGCUGAUGAGACAGGCUUCCACGCUGAAGGCCCAUCAAUUCCCACGGGCGCCCCUUCCAGGAGAUAA